UGUCACACAUCUCUAAGUGUGAAUGUCAGAACUAAGCCUGGAAAAAAUUUGUUUUGUUGAAAACAUGGCGAAUUUGAAACAUAAAACCGUUUGAGCUAUAUAUUUUAGGCCAAAAUCGUUGCGCAACUGACACUUAAAUAAAAUACUACAAGCCCAACGUCCACGCGUGUGCGUAAAGUAAAGUUCACUAAGAAAAUUCCAGCACAGACCUUGAGUGGGCUCACAAACAUACUCACACACACAAACACAUUCACGCAAGAACCAAUACACAUACGCUGAUAAACGGGUUGAAAACGUCACAACGACCAGCACGACAGUUGCUGAAGUGUUUGCAGCUGCUGUUAGUUAAAUUAGCACAACAAAAACAACGAGUGCGAAAUUGGAACAAAGGACUCACAAAAUGGUAAAUGUGCCGCCGCUCUUGUGCAGCACUCCUCCCCCGAUCGACUUUGGUGAGGACGACGAUGACUCGGGGCUACAGUCAACGCUGCAGCUGGAAGACGGCGAAGCUGACGAAUACUCUGAGUAUGGCUUAGUCACCGACACACACACAUCGUUCAAUGCGAAAGUGUCCGAAUUGCCAGAAUUGCCCAUAUCAGCAGAGUACAUUGCUCAGUCCCAACCGCCAGAACUGAGCAUUGGACCUGCUAAGACAGAAAAGGCCACAGUGGAGGCUUUCAAUUAUCAAGUGAAAGCAGCUGACACUGAAAUACCUGAAGGGCAGCAAAUGUCACCAAAGCACAUUGAUGUUCUGGCGCCUAUAGCUGAGUUAGCUGUUGAAGUAGAGCAGCCACCGGAGGUGGACGAUGAGGAAGAGGAGGCUAACACCAAUGACAAUGUGCCCUCGCUCAAACUGGACAGUCUCAGCCUAUACUCCAGCGGCAGUGCUACGCCACCAAGCACCUUGUCACCCGUAGCCGACGAGCAAACAACCAAAGCACCCCCAGUAUGUCACCAGGUAAUACUGGAAGAUGUCACCGACGACAGCGACGACGAGUGUUCGCCAAAGAAACCCAAAGAACUAUUUAUACCUGAAGGCGCGCCUGACUUUUUUGCCAUAGAGAUUAUAGCGACGCCCACGCAACAAGCGUCUGCAAUGAAUAAUCAAUUGCCUGAAGCAAAGCCUGAACCCGAAGUUAUUUCUACGUGCAAAACAAACGACGUAGCAGAUUCUAAUGAAGUACUGCCGCAGGAGCUAAACGGAGAAGUCGAUGGGGCUAAGUCAGAAGAGGCGCUAAGCGAGGACGACGACUUUGGCGAUUUUGCGGACUUCUCUGCCGCGCCUGCAGUUGUAGAAACCGAACAGGUUGCCAAUCAAGACGAUGGUUUUGACGAUUUUCAGGACUUUGUAACGCCUGCAACGACGACUGUGCCAACUCCUGAAGACGAUUCUGAUGACGACUUCGGCGACUUUGCUGAGCCCACAUUUGAGUCCGCUCCGCCUACAGUGGCGGCCGCUCUACCGCAACCCCCGCCGCCAGCUGCUGCGCACUUGAGCAUCGACGAGCGAGUCAAGCCUGUGCUGGAGAUUAUGUUCCCUAAGGUAGAGUCCAACUGUGCGCAAUCUGCAGGUAACCAAAGACCCCUGGCUGAGGCGCAAACAUUACACUUCGGUGCCAUUGAACAGGCACACGCUCUAAACUAUCAGUGGUCCAGUUCGGAGAUGCGUCACUCCCUUGUGCGCUCACUGGCCAUCGAUUCGCGUAAUAUUCUCUUCGGCGACAAGUGGAACGCAUCAAUGCCACGCUUUGCAGCGAAUUUAAGCUUUGAUCCUCUCAAACCGCUCAAGCCACAAGCAGCGCCCGGGCCGAACUUCUCGCUGCUGCCCGCCAGCAACAACAGCUCUUCUCAGCCACCACUUCAGGGACUUGAAGCAGCAGCAGCAGCCACCGCCGCCGCAGCAACAUCGCAGAGCCAGACUAAAGCGCAGCCUAGCUCGGCUGAUGGGCAAGUCGCAGGCAGCGCCGACGAGGCAACUGCCGUUGUGUCCGCCACCUGUCCUGAUGACGGCCCAGCAGCAGCAUCAAUAUUUGCUGCUGCAGCAGCAACAGCACCGCUAUCGCCUGCUCUAUCAACAGACGGCCAUGGCAACCACUUCGACGACAUUGAGCAGCUCCCUCAGCAGCAACAGCAGCAGCAGCAGCAACUUGAUCUAAGAGGGGAGUCACUUUUGCCAUCACCUUCACCAUCACCGCCACCGGCGCUAGCAACCGCUGUAAACAGCCAGCAGUUGCAUGAGAUCACCAGCUGCAACAGCACCAGCAGCAGCAUCAACAACAACAACAAUAGCUUUUCGUUGCCACUCAAAGAGACGCAUAUUUACACGCCCUCCAAAUCGGACACGGUGGUGGCCAAGACCACAACACUGGCGCCCAUUGAUUUCGACUACGAGAUUGCCUCGGCGGGAAUUAUUAUAGAUGAGACGGUUGUCAAGAAGGAAUAUCGCGAUGUGGAGUACAAGCCGCCCUUUGGCCUCGAUUCGCCAACGAAGCCGAGCAGCGCGGGCAAACCUGCAGCAGAGGAUGACGAUUUCAGUGACUUUCAGUCAGUGCCCGCCGUCAAGAGCGUCGCCCAGCUGCAGCCACCGCGCAACGGAACGCCGACGUUCGGUGAGCAAAUGAUACUCAGUCCGGCCAUACUGCUGCCGCAGUCAAUUCCGCUGGCCAAGCCCACCAUUGAGUGGGGCGACAAUGCGCAGGCCAGCAUCAAUGCGGAUGAGCUGGCGCGCAUCGAGGAGCUGUUCUCGCAUCAGUACAAGCCGCCCACGAUAAGCGCCAGUGUUGCGCAACAGUCGCCGAAGCAACAUCAACAACAACAACAGAAGCAACAUCAGGAGGACGAUGAGUGGUCCGACUUUGUGUCGGUGCCUGUGCAGCAGCAGCAGCAGCAGCAGCAGCAACAGCCCCAGCAAAUCAAACACAACAACAACAAUGUGCAGAAAGCACGAAAAGCCACGCCCAUUGCGGCUGCUGUCCAGAAAGACGACGACUGGUCAGACUUUGUGAGCAGCACGCCGUUGCCAGCACGCGCGGCGCCCCAAUUCAAUUCGGGCGCGUGGCAAAGCGCCAAUUUUUACAAUAAUCCGCUGAGCCUAUAUCAGCAGCAGCAGCAGCCACAUUCCCACAGCAAUCUGGUGCCUAAAUAUCAAAGCAAUAACAGCAGCAGCAACAAUAACAACAGCAGCCACAAUAAUAAUAUACCACAGCAGAUUCACUUGAUGCACGACUUCUCAACGGCUCCCACGCCCACAGGCAAUGCCGUGUCCUAUCAGCAUCAGCAUCAUCAACACCAUCAGCAGCAGCUGCAGCAGCAACAGCAGCAGCAGCAACACCACCGGCAACAGUUUCAUUUGAGCAAUGCAAAGGUGGCGCCACGCAUCUCCUUGAUACCCGAUCUGAGCUUCGUGGCCCCGGCAUUGCCUGCCAAUGCGGGCGCCUUUAUGAGUUCGCUGCCCAAGCCCAGUUUCAGUGCCAAGAAAUGACAAAAGCUCCGUAGUGYAAAGCAGCAGCGGCAGCAGCAGCACCAUAAGUCGUCCACAAUGUUGUUGGGAUCGCCGCCGUGUCCAUUGGCAACUGAGGCGACCAUCCUGACGUAGGCAGUGCGUCAGUCAGUAUUAUGAAUCCGUCUAGAUAUUUGCUAAAUAAGCUUAAAAGAUAUUGUAUUGUAAGAGCGACUGUUGCAACUAGGCUCUUGUUAUUGUUAAUGUGUGUAUUGCUGUUGUUGUUGUCGUUGUUCUUAUUGUUGUUAGUCGCGUAGGCGUAGGCGUAUAGUCGUAGUCAAAGCAAUCCUAAUCUGUUCGCGUCGAGAAUGAACUGUAGUGCAAUAUAUUUUGUAAAAAUGAAUUUGAAUGUAAAAUUUAAAAAUCAUUUGCAACAGUUGGCCGAAAACUUAAAUAACUCAGCAACUAGUUCUAGUUAAAGGUCCACACCUAUAUACAUAUAUAUAUAUAUAUAUAUGAAUAUUUUAUUUGUUUAGACUGUAUACUGUAUAGCGUUGCAUAAAAAGUAGUACGCGAUAUUACCUCUACAUUUAGCUAAGGCAAACGACCUACUUUAGUUUAGUUAACCCGAAAUGCUUUUGAAUUGAUUCAACUCGCUUUCCUAUCCAAUAAGUUGCCCAGAAUAUAGUCAUAAUACAAUAUUGAUAGGGUGUCCAUUAAAUAUACGUAUAUAUAUAUAUUGUGAAAGCCCAGCUUAGGCACCUUUGUAUAGCCCAGUUUAGACCCAUUACGCGUUGGCUUAAGCUAAUCUGUGAAUAGAAUCGAGCAGUCUGGUUGAAUCACUUCCAUUUUCUAAAAAACAAAAUUGUCCCAGCCAUUCCAAAAUGAGAUAUAUCUAAAGGAAAACAACAAGAAAUACUUAACCCGCCUAAGCGAAUAUAUUUGAUAGCCCUGUAUACUUUUUUAGGCGUGUUUGUAAUAUAGCUUAUGGAAUUCGCUAUAUUUACUU